CACUAACAUUUUAAGCACAUAGUAACUGGGUUAAGCCAAUCUAUAACGCUGCUACCAAAGGUCACGUCUCGCCUGAGCGCCCUGAUACCAGCCCUGUGCUUUAUCCACAGCAUUACUGAGCGCACCCGCCGCUCAAAAAGGCUCGGCCGCGGUGGAAGCUGCGGAGCCAGCAGGACACAAUUGUCGACCCAAACCCAUCACUUACUUGUCUCCCAACGCCAGCGGGCUCAACUGCCGAGGCGCUUGGGCGCUCCGGCUGCCCUUCAUAGCCGCACAUCGGCACCGCUCCUCCUCUCCUUAUCGCUGGCAUCGCAACAUGAGUCGACCAGGGACCAGCCAGAGCCUUCGGACCUCUUUGCCAAUGUCCAUGCACGACGGUGACGCAUCAACUUCCGGGCUAGGAUUCGGCGUGCACGGCGCGAGCAUGGGUUUGGGCACACGUGCGAUGUCAGCUUCUGCCGCCGGCAGCCUCCGCCGCAGCACAGGGUAUGUCCGGCCCAUGGACUUUGUCGGAACCGACACCUUCCGGGGGACCAACGCCAGCAGCACAGCGAGUCGAAUGAGCUUGUACAGCAAAAACGGCGGCGAGGUGGGGCUGGACAACACGUGCAACGUGCUGCGAGUGGAGAGUCCCAUCACCGGCGAUUUGCUUGUGACGCCACUGGCCCGGAACAGGGCCGGUGUGCGCGACCCCGUGUCUGGCACGCCCAUGCGCUACCACGGCGAGAUGGCGGUGCUGCAGACGCCGGGGGCAGGCAACCAGCUGCAGCGACACCGCAAGUUCUACAUCACUAAGGACGUGGACAUCACCAUACAGACAUUGAGGAACACCACAAAGGUCAGCAAGUACACGAAUGAGAAGGUGGGCACGGCGGGGACACCAACAGGCAUCGACCCCGCGCUCCAGUUCUACCAGAGCAGUCGGUGACACAGGCGGCAGGCCUGCAGCAGCAGGAGCGGGCGAGCAGGAGGACCAGCAGGCGAGCCACGGCGAGCCGUGGCAGCAGCAAGCAGGUGGUCGUUGCGUUACCAGAACACAGCAGGAGCUGUGCCACUGACAGGCGGAGGGGCGAGACCAGUGUGUGGACAGGGCGCUCGCAUGUAGCCGAGAGCCGGGGCAGGGCAGACGAGACAGGACGAGACUUCGGCAUCAGUCUAGACAGCGUCAUGCAUGUUAGCCAGGCAUCAGGCAUACAAUAGGAAGGUAGCAGGAGGGCAGGGGGAUUUGCUUCAGGUACAAGUGUACAACGGCAAGCUCAAGUUGUAUUUGUUGUAUCAGUGCAAGGAAUGACUGAUCGCAUGCAGAGGUGGCAGGUCAGCACUGAGGGACGCACGCAUGGUGGUUGCGCAGUUGUGUACAUAUAUAAGUGUGGCUAGGAGCAGUUAAAGCAGUGCGCCGUUUGCACGAUGUGCUCGAUGAGGACUGGAUGUCGUGUGAGAGGGCGAGCGCGUUAGAAGGUUGGGUGAACGGACUGGCAGGUCCUGCGUGUUGGUCAUUUUGGUGGUGAUUAAGGCUCCUUGUGGCUGUGGCUAUGGCUGGCUGGCACGUGAUAAAGCGCAACCCAACGCAAAUUAACAACGAGCAUGCCAAGGUGCGCGCAUGCUGGCAAGACAGACACGGCGCAGACCUGCCAGAGUGCAGAGGGUCCUGCAUAUCAAGGGGGGUGCCCAUGCAAAUAACGUGCAUAGCCGACGCCCCUGCCCAGUUCCUCCGUGGCGGCUUUGUAAUGCAUGAGCCCG